UCUGCUUGUGUUCGAGCAUUUUUGCCACUUGCGCUCACUAAAAUAAUGCCAAAAUAGCGGGCGUCCUACUGCCUGUCGCCGCCGCGGCCAGGCCGCCUUGGUCACUAGCGAUUGAUGUGUCGUGGAGAAGGAAAAGUAAACCGCCGCUCCUCUCAGCCGCUGGCGAUGCUUGCUGGUCGCUAUGCUCUCAUCGUCGUUGCCCUCGCGCUGCUGCCGCCGCCGACGCUGGCCGCGGGGACCCUGGAGGAUUCCUGCGACGACUCCACCUACGCGAAAAACAGCACGUUCCAGGCGAACCUGAACCUCCUCGCCGCCACGCUCCCCGCCAACGCCUCCGCCUCGCCGGCUGGCUUCGCCACGGCCUCCAUCGGGGCGGCGCCGGACCAGGUCAACGGGCUGGCGCUCUGCCGCGGCGACACGAACGCCUCCUCCUGCGCCGUCUGCGUCGCGGCGGCGUUCCGGGACGCGCAGCUGGCCUGCGACUCGAAGAAGGGCGCCACCGUUUACCAGGACGCCUGCACCCUGCGCUUCGCCGGCAUCCGGUUCCUCGACUUCCUCAGAGAGGAUCAGUGGCUCGUCUCGGAAUUGGUUCCUAUGAUCGACACGGCCUCGGGGAGCGUCAACACCACGGAUGCCUGGUUCAGCGCCGCCGUCAAGGGGAUCCUGACCGCCGUGGUCGACCGCGCGGCUGCGGCGGCGGGGACCAACUCCACGAGGAAUUACUUCGCCACGGGGGAGAUGGACUUCGACCCCAAGAUCUAUGGGCUCGCACAGUGCGCGCCGGACCUGAAUCCGUCGCAGUGCCGGGGCUGCCUCGGGUACCUCCUUUUGGUAACGACGACGCAGUUCCUGAGCGGGCGGCCUCCGUGGAACAGCGCUUUCGUGGUGUGGUGCUCCCUGAGGUACAGCGUGUCACCGGUCUACGAUGGCCGGGCGAUGCUGCAGGUUCCGGCGCCACCGGCACCACCACAGGCGGCCACUCCAGAGUCCGGAGCAGGGAGGAAAAGGAGUGCAGCCGGAAUCUUUGCAGGCAUCGCCUCUUUGGUUGUGUUAAUGGUGAUUCUUUCAGUUUUUUUCUUCCUUCGCUUCAGGCGAAGGAUUAAGGCGACGGAGAAUGACCACCCACUGAAGAAAAUAGGGAGAGCGCAAUGCACCAUCUUUGAUUUGCCAACAUUGCAAGAGGCGACCGAACACUUCUCAGAGAAGAAUAAGCUUGGUGCAGGUGGUUUUGGUACUGUAUACAAGGGGAUACUCUCUGAUGGGCAAGAGAUAGCAGUCAAGAAACUCUUAGGAACAACCGGGCAUGGGUUGCAUCAGCUACACAAUGAAGUGCUGGUACUGGCAGAGCUUCAGCAUAAGAACCUUGUUAGGUUAGAGGGGUUUUGCUCGCAUCAGAAUGAUACACUGCUUGUUUAUGAAUACAUCAAGAAUGGGAGCCUCGACAACUUUCUAUUUGAUGAUAGGGGAGGAAAUGCACUCAACUGGGAGCAACAAUACAACAUCAUUCUUGGAAUUGCCAAGGGGAUAUUGUAUCUCCAAGAGGACUCAAGCUUGAGGAUCAUCCACCGGGACCUGAAGGCCAGUAACAUUCUUCUCGACGAUGACAUGGAACCGAAAAUCGCAGACUUUGGGCUGGCGAGGCUUCUAGGAGAAGGCCACACCCAUAGUCAGACAACCAGAGUUGUUGGGACACGUGGCUACAUGGCGCCUGAGUACGUGUAUCAACAGAGAGUGUCGCCCAAGAUUGACAUCUUCAGCUUUGGUGUGUUGGUCCUUGAGAUCGUGACCAGGAGAAGCAACUGCAACUCUGACGACCACAACUUAUUGAAUCUCCUUAGUGUUGUAUGGGAUCAUUGGACGAAAGGGACGAUAUCACAAAUGCUGGACCGAUCGCUAGAUGGAUAUAGUCAAAACCAGGCGCUACGAUGCAUCCACAUAGGUCUGUUGUGCGUCCAUCCGGACCCUGACGACAGGCCAGACAUAUCAGCUGUCGUGUUCAUGUUAACCAGGGAUAGCAUGGAGCUCCAGUCGCCGGCGCAACCUGCAUUCUUCUUCGGGGGAGAAUCACCUUCAGCUUCACGGUCAAAUGGGCAAAGCAGCUAUGUAUAUGACCGGUCUGGUUUCAUGCUGGAACAAAGCAUCUCUGUGAAUGGGAUUACACUUACUGAACUGUAUCCUAGAUAGGUCCCUAAGUUUGUGAAUGCCACUGUGUAAAAAACAGAUAAAAGAGACAUCAAAUUAGUGGCCUGUCACCAAUAAAUCAUCAUCAGUGAUAGAUCAUAACUACGACCUAUUGUUAUUAUCAUCAGUGACAGAUCUAGUUAUAAACCGUCACUAAUGAUGACUCAUAAUGGGUUAAAUUGUGACCUGUUAUUAAUGACUGACUCAUCGAUAACAAGUUAUUGACAGUCAUUAGUGA